AUGCGAAGAAUUCUCAUCUUCCUUGCCCUGUCGGCCGUGGCGCUGGCCGCGCAGGUCCAAGUUCCGCUUCAGCGCGUCAAAUCCAUGCAGGAGAAGCUGAUGGAGGAGGGUAAAUGGGCCGCGUACCAGGCCCAAAAAGAGGCCCACCGCAAGCUGGAGCCUCACAUCUUCCAGAGCGGCAAUCAAGUCGCCUAUGAUUAUGGUGAUCUCGUCUACAUCGGCCAGGUGACGAUCGGGACUCCCGCCCAAAAGUUUAACCUGAUCCUCGAUACCGGCUCUUCGAAUCUGUGGGUGCCCGACAGUACCUGUGGCGGUAUCCCCGGAUGCGCGGAUUACUGUAAUAAGCUGCCAAAGGACCAAUGUGGCCAGUUUUGUGACCCGACAAAGUGCUGUCCAGGUGCGGAAAACAUUUUGGCGCAGGACCCGUGCGACCUGAAAAACCGCUACAACCAAUCGGCCUCCAGCACGUAUGUCAAGAACGGGCAGCGCUGGUCGAUCCAAUACGGUACCGGCUCGGCACAAGGUUUCUUGGGUCAGGAUCGGGUUUGCCUCGGAUCAUCCGGGGUCUGCUACGACAAGCAAGUCUUUGGACAAGCCACCCAAAUCGCCGCUUUCUUUGCGAAUCAACCGUGCGACGGCAUCUUCGGCAUGGCGUGGCCCUCGAUUUCCGUCGACAACGUGCCGCCCCUCCUCAACAACGUCGUCUCCCAGCUGGAUAUGCCACUGUUCAGCGUCUGGCUCGACAGGAAGGGGACGCAGCAGAACGUCGUCGGCGGGCUGUUCACCUACGGCGCGCUCGACACCGUGAACUGCGAUCCGCUUACGACGUAUUAUCCCCUGUCCUCGCAGACCUACUGGCAAUUCCAGAUCGCUGGAGUUUCGCUCGACACCUACAGCAGCAAAGUUGCCUACCAGGUCAUCUCCGACACGGGCACCUCCCUCAUCGGCGCCCCGCAAGCCGUCGUCGACGCCGUCGGCAAGCAGCUCGGCGGGGUGUUCAGCCAAUAUUACGGAGCGUACACAAUCUCGUGCAACGCGACGACGCCCGAUCUGGUGAUCAACAUCGGCAACAACCAGUACCCCAUUAGCUACCAGGAGUAUAUUGUCCCCCUUGAUGGGCAAUGCAUCAUUGGGCUUUUCGGCUUUGAAUUCGGCGGAUUUGGGCCCCAAUGGAUUUUGGGCGACCCCUGGAUCCGCUCGUGGUGCAACGUGUACCACAUUGGACAGGCGAAAAUCGGUUUCUCCAAGGCCAGACAUACGGCUAUGACA